GAUCACCUGACCAGGCGCUAUAGCAGGAUCCAACCUUCACGCGUCUCGUUAACGGUCAUUUCACGCAAAGCCGUAAACCACCUGUGGUAUGUGAUGCUAGCACUUAAGCAGAGAAUAACGGAUCUAGGUUUCUUAAUGACUCAAUUCAGAUGAAAUUACCCUCUUUUAUGCUGGGAUAUUUACAAUGCCUCUGGGAAUCGAGCGCAUCAACGCCAAAAGGUCCCAGCCAAAUUCCAAGAUUGUUUUUAUAAAACCUUUGCCCGGUAAAGAUGAAAAGGUUGCUCAAGCUUUUCUUGAGCGUAUAGCUGCUCAAUGCUAUCCUAUAAUGAAGCAACAUCAUCUUUCUGUGACAAGCUUGGAAGAAUUUCCUCCGAACCGAGAGUUCGUAGGCAGAAAUUUCAACGCUGGCGAAGUCAUUCAACUCGUUCUGAAAAGUCCAUCAAGUGGCCGGUGGCUCCCGUUUCGUUACGUGCAGAUGGUCAUGAUGCAUGAGCUGGCCCAUUGCCAGCAAAUGAACCACUCUCGUGCAUUCUGGGCGGUUCGCAACGGGUUUGUGGCCGAAAUGCAAGAUCUUUGGAGGAAAUCAUAUACGGGUGAAGGUAUAUGGGGUCGAGGAGCCCAGCUUGGGACUGGUGAAUGGGAGCAAAAUACAAUUACCCAAGGAGAGACACUUCCAGAACAUCUUUGCGGAGGCACAUAUCGGUCACGUCGGAAGAGAAAGGCGCCAAAGCUGAGUUAUCAAGAGCAGAAGCAACGUCGAAUAGAAAAGAAGUUUGGUAAGAACGGCGUUGCUUUGGGCUCAGACGAUGAUGUAAAAGUCAAGCUUGAGGGAGGGAAGAAGAAGGCCGGCAAACCUCGCGUAGCAGGCAGCGCAAGAGGUCGAGACUUGCGUGCUGCGGCUGCGCUAGCACGUUUCCAGCAAAUCAAAGCAGAGGAAGAGACCGACAUCAAGAAUGAGAUCAAGGACGAAGAUAAAACAGCUAGCGAAGACGAUGUACCGGAUGCUGUGGAUUGGAAUGGCCUACGCUUGGUCGACGCACAAGGUCGCGGGAUGGUCAAAGUCUGUGAAGAUGAGGAUGGCAAUGACCCUCUUGUAAAACAAGAAAUGGACGAGUUGUUUGACGUCUUCCAAAUAGACGAUGUUGCUAGACCGACAGCAGCAGCAGCAAAAUCGACGAAUCACAUCAAGUCUGAGGCUAUUAGGGAUCGGACGUCGCUUUCUACUACUUCCGCUACUACUGCGGCACCAAAACCCAAAGCUUUACCCAGACCACACAAGGCCGCAACUGCUAUUUCGAUGCAAGAUAUUCCACCAUGGCCGGGAACAGAUGAUGCACUAUGUGCCCUCUGUUCUUUCAAAAACGAAAAGCACUCGCCCACAUGCGCCGUCUGCGCACAUGUUCUCAACCCUGACAGUGUUCCUGGCUCUUGGAAAUGCAAAAGCUCGGCGUGUAAGAACAGUUUGUAUGUGAAUUCGGGGGACAGUGCCGUCUGUGGCGUCUGUGGGCUGCGUAGAGGAGGGUAGUGCGCAUGUGUAUAAUACAGAACUAGGCAAAUACAUUGCAGACAUUACUUCUGAACGACCGCCCCAGCCUCUACAUUGUGGCUCUGAGCAGCCUGCGCGUGUGAAGUGCUGGCGCUCUCAUACACCACCAAAAUGGGCUUCCUGCGGCUGGGGGCGUCGUACCAUGGCGCCCUCUUUCCAAGCAAGGAUGCCGAACGGCGAGGCAGUAAAACGGCAAUUGAGAGGGCGGUUCCCACGAACUGUGCGUUACCCCGCAAAGCCCGAGAUGGAUCAGCGGUGCGAGACGGCGCUAGCGCGAGGUGGCUUGCCCACUAUGCUACGCUGAGCAGAGGGCUGGUGUUGCAGACGGUCGACUGGCAUGCACACUGGAGUCUAAUCUGUGUGCUUUUGGAUCUAAAAAUAUUACCAGCAUCCAAGGUAAAGUAGACCAAAGGCUUCGAGCAAAGUGGCUGGCAUAAGCAAUUGAAGUGGCAAGACAUUCCAUAACUGAUUGACAGCUCAUCCAUCUCAGACACCGUCCCGUCGCCCGCAACGCCUCUGUCCCAGAGCCUCUCAGUAUGUUUUGGCCAUCAGUCGGAGUCUCCUCGUGGGUUGUAUGAAGAGCACUCGUACCAGCUUGGUGCUCCGGAGAGGGGGGUUGCAUACACCGUCACGAUAAGGACUGCCGAGCGGCAUGAUUGGGCGGCUGGCCAAAGGCUAGUAAGAUGAGCCAGAGGGAACCUUACCUAGAGCUCCCCGCUUCUGCAACGUCCAGCCCGCUUCCCAGUUGGGACGAAGGUUUGGUGCCAUUUCUGGAUUGUUGCGCUAGAGGUGACUUCCAGAAUAGCAUCACAUGACGCCUCUCCAUUUGGGGGGCAUCCAUGACGGAAUAUUGAUCUCUGGUUAGCCUAACCUAGCGAGGGUUAGCAAGAUCCCCCAGCUGGAGAGGAAAUGGUUAGAGAGAGGCGUAAGCAAACGACGAAGCGACCAACCACCUCGUUGCGAGCCUGCGUUGGCAUCUGGAUCUAGUGUUUGGCUGCAGCAUGCAUGUGGCAUGUGGUAGCUUGCCGGCGCAACCCAUGUCUUGGCCCCCUCCACGAAUCAAGAUGCAAGGGUUUCUAAAGCGGGCGUUUUACCUGUACAUUGAUAGCUGACGUUGCUGACAAGACCACUCGUGUUAUUCUAAUUUCUUUGUAUUCGCGCCAAGCGAAAUCCACAGUAGACGGGGAGGUGCAAGAUCUAGACUGGAGCUGCCUCCACCGCUGGAAGCGCCGACACGUGCUGUACCGCCUCGCCGUCAUCGGCGCAAACGCCUGCGUUGAGCGUACACGCAGGCAAGGCGAAGCCGAGUCAGAAUUAUGUCAAUGCGAUCCAGGAGGAUACCAAGUAAAUAAUCAAUUGGCAUUAUUUAUUUAUGGUAAUGUAGGUAGGCCUCGCGUCGUGAUACCUACGUCACUCCUGAAAAAGCUUGGUAUUGAUCUGAGAGAUGAUCGGUUUCAUUUUAGGGCAUGGAGGACCAACGCGGCGAGAUUGGCCAGCCUGAGGCGCUAGCAGCAACCAGUACAGUGCGUCAUAGUGCUGUCCUGCAGCACACGCGUCCAGUAGAAUACCUCCAUUGGCCCCAGGGGGCCCCCGCUGGCGGAGAUCCAGAGCCUGCAGAUCUCGUCGUCACAAACUAAAUAGCAAACCAUCUGGGGCAAGGGUCCAGGUCGCAGCGUGAGU